AUGUCCCUUCUUCCUAUGUUAGAACUACAUUGCCUUGGAUACGCUCAACACGUCCAAACAAGCCUUGAGAAAUUCGAAGCGCCCAAGUGGAUCGAUAUCUCCCCCCGCGCAUGUGAACGUUGCGCAGUUCGACUGCUGUUCACGGGAACUUGCGGCGAUAAAGGAUUAUCGAAUGCACAACCUUGGAAGAACUCGGGUGAACAUAUGAAAAUGGCUGGAGGCCGCAUGAAAUGUGCUUUUCAGCUUUCUGGCCGAAUGAGCCAUACGCGCACGGGCUCGGACCGAGUUAGGCCGGCCGCAACGGACCAAGGCAUGUAG